CGAUGUUUGUUUGUUUGUUUUGUUCUGAUGAAUGAUCUGUGUGGUUAGUGUUGUAGUUGUUGUGAUUCCUAGGGCGAUUGUUCCUUUGACUGGAAAUAGGGUUCAGUGAGUGAUACCGUUUUGAAUGAUUCCCUGUGCCUUUGAACCUUUAGAGUAAAACCAAUUCAGAAUUUAAUGGAUGUUUUCGACUCUAAUGCCCCAAAUUAGACCGAAACCAUAUAUACCUAAGCUAAAAAUGAUAGGGUUUUUAAUCACAAAGUUGUUGAAGUAGAUUCUCUGAUUGAUAAAAUAAAAUCAAAAUUCAAAAUUCAAACUUGGUGGUGUUUUAAAGUGGAAUUCAAGAUCUUUGACUGUAGUUUUAUUUCCAACCGUUAUUGUGUUUGGGGCUAUUUGAUGUCAGUGACAGUGGCGAGUAUACCGCCGGGCAUGCCUGGCACGUGCCAGGGCUGCCCUUUUUAUUUUUUUUAUUAUUAUUUUUUUUUUUAAAUGAAAACUAAAACAGAAAAAGGAAGAGUUAGAAUUUGCUUUCUCUUUCUCGAUCCCUCUCUCUCAAACCGGCCGCCGCUCUCAGUUCCUCUCUCACCCGCCGGCCGCCGCUCUCAAUCCCUCUCUCACUGCUCUCAAUCUCUCUCACUCACCUCGCCGUAACGCCGUUCACUCACCUCGCCGUAACGCCGUAACGCCGUUCAAUCUUUCGCUCUCAGUUUCAGAAAUUUGGUUGAUAAAAUUCCCUCCAAAAUUUUGCCUAGGCUCUCUAAUAUUACUGGAAUCGCCACUGCAGUGACAGUGUUCCAUAUAGUUCCAGAGUCUUCCAACGAAACUACCUUAAAGCUGCUUACAAAAAAACUGCGUUAAAGCUGCAUUUCUAAGAGCAAUAAAAAAACCCAAAAAAGAAAAAUUAACUAUGGCGCUAUGGAUGGAAAAGGGUUCAGAGCCCUUGACCGAAAACGAGAAAGCAGACCUUGAAGCCAUUGCUGCAAUCAAAGAGUCUGCGGCCUUAGAACUCAAGGAAAAGGGUAAUCAAUAUGUGAAGAUGGGUAAGAAACAUUACUCUGAUGCUAUUGAUUGCUACACAAGGGCAAUUAAUCAGAAAGCUUUGAGUGAUUCCGAGACUUCCAUUCUUUUUUCAAAUAGAGCCCAUGUCAAUUUGUUGCUUGGAAAUUUUAGAAGAGCUCUUACUGAUGCUAAUGAUGCACUCAAAUUGAACCCUUCAAGUAUAAAGGCAAUUUAUAGAGCUGCCAAAGCUUCUAUUUCAUUGAAUUUGUUGGAUGAAGCACAAGACUAUUGUCAAAUGGGUCUUCAUUUGGACCCUAAAAAUGAGGAAUUGAAGAAGCUUGAUAACCAGAUUGGUCUUAAGAUCUUGGACAAUGAAAAGCAUGAGGCUCAAGUUUCUAAGGCUAUUGCUGAGGCAAAGGAAAUUGUUUCUGCAACGGAAAAUAGAGGCUUGAAGAUUGGAAAGGCCAUGUAUCGAGAACUUACUGGAUUAAAGAAGCCUGUGUUGGACAAAAGUAAUAUCCUUCACUGGCCUGUUCUUCUAUUGUAUGCAGAGGUCAUGUCCAGUGACUUCAUUGAAGAUUUCUGCGAGACCGACAUGUUUUCAGUUCACCUUGAUAUGGUAUUCGCAGAUGAUCAACCGCUUCCAUGGGAUGUUGAAAACAACUACAAACGUGAAUUUAUAGAGUUGUACUAUGAGGUAAGCUUUUUGCUUCCAUUGAAAUUGUAUUCUAGUUACUGUUGUGAUAAGGUGAUAUUUACAAUAAGAUUUUUUUGUCUACAUUGCUCAUAUUGGCAUAUUGUGUCAAAUAUUGGAAAACUUAUACUUCAAAAGCAAUUUUUCUCCCUCGCUUCUUAUUCCUUGUUUUAUCAGGCUGGUUUGGGACUUCGUCUAUCCAAGGAAAAACUCCUCCGUUAUUUAUUAGAGGGAACUGCAGCAGCUUCUAAUGGGGAAGGUAUUGGUGAUGAUGAGAAAGAUGCAGUUGACAAUCUUAAGCAAAACCAGAGCUCCCCAAAAUGGAUCAAAGUAAAUGAAAGGAGAACUCUCCAUGAUGUUCUGAAAGAGCCAAAUUUCAUCAUUCCUGAGAUACCAGUCUUCUAUGUUGUUUCUAAGCAAUCCAGCUUUUAUAAAAAAUUCAAAGAUGGAAAGUGGGCUCCUCCAAGUGCAUGAAGGAAUCAGCAUGUUUUGCACUAACUACAUUCAUGAGUUAGUUAAUGUCUCAAUCUGGAAGUAUUGAAGAUUGCACACUCAUUUCUUCCACAUUUUGGACUUUUUUUGAACGAGACUUACCUGCUAAUUUCAAUUGUUUGAUGAGUCAAGAUUUUAAGCUGUAUUAGUUGUCUCAAUGAUAAUGCUAGAGUUGGAGGAACCUCACUUGAGUGUCUAUUUUUAUCUUCUCAUGUAACCUAGUUAGCACAGAUAGAUUGGGCUGUUUUGGUACAUGUAUAAUUUGAUAGCUUUGGUUUCAGAAUUUUAUCAAAUUAUGGGUGCCAAAUAUUUAUUUAUUUUGUUUCAAA